AUGUCUGCCGGUCCAGCUCUCUUUCCAGACGUCCUGCUCGACGUUGCCGCUGUCGCCUCCGACGCCGUCAUCGUUCAGCUCAUGAAAGCGAACAAGUUCCUGUAUCGCGAAGCGGCCAAGUACCUCCUCGAUCUCAUCCUUAUCUCCAUCGAAGACGAGAUGGAUUUGGACUCCAUGGUCAGCUUCCUCUCCGUGUACGGCGGCUAUCGACUUGUCUUCCUCAAAGGUCUUGGUCUCAACAUGAGUGCGCUCAGCGCGUGUAUCGCAAAGCGCUUGGACGCGCUACUGAAGACACACCACGACAAAAUCCGCAUCAAGGGGUUCCAAAUCUCCCACGUAGAGUCGCUUCUCAUGGGCUGCCCCGUCGUGGCCAAUCUCAUCUCCCGCUUGUCAACACUCGAAGUCAUAGAGCUUAGUGAAGUCGGCGUCUUCGGGUCAGACAUGCUACGUCGUUCCCAGUCUCAGUUCCACACCGUGGAAGUCAACUGGAACCCCGUUUCUGGAGAAGAAACCGACCAGCGGAGCCCCAUAAUCCUUCUCUCCCAUUCUAAAUCUUCCCUCCGAUCGCUCACCGCGACCGGCGCCAGCCUCUUGUCCGGCCUCUUCUCUCCCUCCAACAUCUACCCUAGUCUCACCCACCUGACCUUGAGAUACUCCGAUGGGCUGGUCACCACCAUCCUCGCGCAGGUCUUCCCGAACCUCACAGUCUUGGACAUCGCCCCCCCGGUCCGGCAGGUCGAAGCCGCUGAAGCCUCAGAAUUCGACAUGCACCGCCGAAUGAACAUUCUCAAGCAGGGCGCGCGGGGCUCGUGGCCGUCUCUUCAGAAGGCCACCGCACUGCUCUUCGACUUCUACGCCCUCGGCAUACUCUGCCCUAUCCGCGAGCUUCGCAUCCGGGGGCCGCACACGAUCCGACCUUCGGCGUUCCUCGACGUCCUCACCCACGCUCGCCCGGUCCACCUCUGCCUCGAGCGCCACGAGGCCGGCCUCUUCACGCCGGAGAUCAUACACACCCUGCACUCUGCUUGCGCGGCUCGUACAGAGUGCUUCGAGGUCAUCCUGUCCGUCGGCGGCUUGCUCGCGCCCGCGCGGAUCAACGGGCCCGCGCUGGUGGUGCGUCCGUUCCCCCACCUCACAUCCCUCGCCGCCUGUAUCGCGCGCAUCUCACGCGCCGCGCACCCCCCUCAGGAGAGCUGGAUCGAAGCGGUCCGCGCGCUGCCCCGCCUCCGCGCGCUCGACAUCGCCGUCCAGAGCUUCCUCCCCGGCCCCGUUCCCGUGCGCUCGCGCGCGCGCCAGCGCUCCGUGGCCUCGUCGUCGUCGGCGAGCGACCCGGGGCGGUUCUCCGCGGAGGUCUUCUUCGCGGCACUCGACCUCGACGCGCUCGCGCGGCGGUUCCGCGAGGCGGUGCCCGCGCUCCAGACCGUCGCGCUCUCGCUCGGGGGCGUGCGCGGGCGCGCGCCGGCGUUCGUGCGGUGCGGGGAGCCGCUCCCGGAGUUUGAGACGAGCGGGGCGGAGGCCGUCCGUCUCUUCCAGGAGAUCAUGGGUGGGAUGAGAAUAGGUUGA